UGCGUUUUCAAAAGUAGUAGCCUUUGAAUGAGAUUCCCUGUAAUAAUAUUCUUUUCUCGUAUAAUUAUUCUCUCCCUCUCCUCGUUUUCUCCGUGAGCGGCGACAAGAGUUCUGAAUCUUCAGUUAAUUGACGUGAAAAGUGUAAAUCUUUAAUAGAUCUCUGUAUCGUUUUUGAAAGAAGCAAUGUCUGCGGAGGAGAAGAGAAGACCAUUGAUGAUGGGAGGAAGAGACUCAUCAUCAUCACCCGACCGGAACCUCCCAGAUUUCAAAAAAUCCGUGAAGCUCAAGUACGUCAACCUAGGCUACCACUACCUCAUCACGCACGGCAUGUACCUCCUCCUCUCCCCUCUCCUCCUCCUCAUCGCCGCUCAGCUCUCCACCUUCUCCCGCACCGACCUCGCCACCCUCUGGGACCAUCUCCAGUACAAUCUCAUCUCCGUGAUCCUCUGCUCCACCCUCCUCGUGUUCAUUACGACCAUCUACGUCAUGACUCGUCCCCGUCCGGUUUACUUGGUCGACUUCUCGUGCUAUAAACCCGACGACGCUCGCAAAUGCACUAAAAAAAUCUUCAUGGAGCGGUCGAAGCUCACUGGAUCCUUCACCGAGGAGAAUCUCGAGUUCCAGAGGAAGAUUCUCCAGCGCUCGGGGCUUGGGGAGUCUACUUACUUGCCUGAGGCUGUCCUUAACGUCCCUCCGAAUCCGUGUAUGGCGGAAGCUAGGAAGGAAGCUGAGGCUGUGAUGUUUGGAGCUAUCGACGAGCUUCUUGAUAAGACGAAUGUGAAUCCUAAGGAUAUUGGGAUCUUGAUUGUUAACUGCAGCCUUUUUAACCCGACGCCUUCUUUGUCUGCUAUGAUUGUGAAUCACUAUAAGCUCCGUGGGAAUAUACUCAGCUACAACUUGGGAGGAAUGGGAUGCAGCGCGGGGUUGAUAUCGAUAGAUCUCGCUAAACACCUUCUCAACUCUAUCCCCAACACUUAUGCUAUGGUGAUAAGCAUGGAGAAUAUCACUUUGAACUGGUACUUUGGUAACGACAGGUCGAAGCUUGUUUCUAAUUGUUUGUUUAGAAUGGGAGGUGCGGCGGUUCUCCUCUCGAAUAAAAGAUGGGACAGGAGGAGGUCGAAGUACGAGCUUGUUGAUACUGUCAGGACGCACAAGGGAGCUGAUGAUAAAUGCUUCGGCUGCGUGACUCAAGAAGAGGAUUCCGCGAGCAAGAUCGGCGUGACGCUGUCCAAAGAUCUAAUGGCUGUUGCGGGAGAUGCGUUAAAGACGAACAUCACGACGCUAGGACCGCUGGUUCUGCCGACGUCCGAGCAGCUUCUGUUCUUUGCGACGUUAGUGGGGAGGAAGCUCUUCAAGAUGAAGAUCAAGCCGUACAUCCCGGACUUCAAGCUAGCGUUUGAGCAUUUCUGCAUCCACGCGGGAGGGAGAGCUGUUCUCGAUGAGCUGGAGAAGAACUUGAAGCUGACUGAUUGGCACAUGGAGCCCUCGAGGAUGACGCUCUACCGUUUUGGUAACACGUCGAGUAGCUCGUUGUGGUAUGAGUUAGCGUAUAGUGAGGCUAAGGGAAGGAUCAAGAAAGGUGAUAGAAUCUGGCAGAUUGCUUUUGGUUCGGGGUUUAAGUGCAACAGCUCGGUUUGGAGAGCGGUUAGGUCUGUGAAUCCUAAAAAGGAGAAGAACCCGUGGAUGGAUGAGAUCCAUGAGUUCCCAGUUGAUGUCCCAACGCAUGCAACAAUCUAGAAACUACUCAGCAAACAUUUGUCUAUUGUUCAGAAGAGACCUCUCUUGUUUAUGUUUUUGUUUUGUUUCCAUGUUCUCUUGAGCUUUCUAUCUUUUGAGAUUCUGUUUCUCUUCCUAAUGAGCUUAGCCUGUUUUUGACU